AUGUUCCAGUCGUUCACUGGAAGCUCUCGCCGUCCGAGGCAAGUCAACUUGAGUGGUCGUACCAAUAAUCCAUUCGCUGCCUUUCCUGGAGGCUCACCUGGUCGGAACACUCCCCACGCCAGCAAUCCUCAAAGCGCUGUUGCAAUCGCACAGCAGGAACGUAUCCAAAGACAACGUGAGCGUGAGAAACAGAAUGCGGUCCGAACUAUUCAGCGUCGUUGGCGGGGCUAUCGUUGUCGGAAAGCUACGCAUAAUAUCUGGCGGAUGGAGUGGGAUGACAACGAGCGCCAAAUGAAGCAGAAUGGAGAGCUUGUGGACGCUAUCGAGUCCUUAGCAGAUGAUACAGUUCUUGCUCCAUGCCCAAGCACGCCAUACAAGUCUGCAAGUCAAUGCCUCACCCAGCUUCGCUUGCUAGUCCAGUUCGCCUCCGCAAGAAGACACGAUGAUAUUCUUCGACUCAUAUAUUUUACCGGUGCCUUUGAGAGGACUUUCCAAACUCUGAGUACCAUUGUUGCAGACGGCGAAUGGACCUAUCUUCUUAAGAGACUUGCCAAAUCAAUUUUACUCGUUCUACGCUCUACUCCAAAGCCCACGAUCUCGACGCUGUCUGUUGAGAUCCUAUUGCGAGCGGUCAUGUUUCUUACGGGCUUGAUGCCAAAGCAAAUGGCGUCUCUUGCAGACAUAUAUUACGAAACCAUGGGGCACCUGACGACACAAAUGUCCUCUCUGAGCUCGUCGGAUGUCCGCACAUCCUCCGGUCAACCUGGAAUUCACCCCGAUCUGCUUCAAGAAGCUGUCCUUGCCCUCCUUCGACCGAUCACCUCCGAGACAAUGUCCGCGUAUGAAAGCUUUGCCCUGACGUAUCUUAGGAUCCCACGCCUCGAGAGCUAUCUGGGCAAGAUGGAUCGCCUCGCUGGGCAACUAAACUAUAGGAUGCUGGCACUGGCUAUCUCCUCUCGCUCAAGCUCCAUUGUGAACGUUUCUUCGAAGGAAAUGCAAGCACGCACGUGGUUACUGUCAUAUUUGAUAUACUUUCAGCAACACACGUCCGGAACACACAACACUUCCCAUGCGCCGGAGCUCGAGUUUGUGACUGUCGUGUCAGACUUUUUGACAUCCGCCGCCACGUACUUAGUGCAAGGCCUUGAAACCGAGGAGGGAACAGACGACGAUCUAUCCCAAGGUGUGCGGUCCCUAGACCCUUUCAUCAAGGAUCAAGUCAAUAGCCUCAUCAGCCAAAGUAGCGUCACUGGUCUACUUUCUCGCAUUCGCUCGUCUCCUCUUUCACGAACCGAUCCGCCUGUGCACGACACCGAGUCGUCAAAGGAAGCCCGGGUGCUCGCAAAAUAUGCGUUGAACUUACUUCGAAUUUUCCCGAGACGGGGGGACGAUAUUCGGAUGUGGUUGUAUCUGGGCUCCGCUCCUUCUGUCAAAAGCGCCGUCAGUGAACAAGAUGCGAAGAUACCGGCUAUAAAAUAUUUCUGGCAGGUGACUCGGUCGAGUCACAUCUUCCAGAUCGUUAGCAACGACUCCAUGAAGGUUCUUCCCUUAUUACAACCGUAUCAGCAAACAAAGGAUCUUCCUGACUUGACACAAGAUGAACGUGAUCAAGAAUGGACAACCAUUCUCCUUUUCCUUGAACUUUAUACUUUCGUUUUGAAAGUGAUGGAUGAUGACGAAUUCUUUUCUACUGCAACACCCUUCGCAGUCUCGGAUGGUGUGAAAGCGUCGUGGACUCGAGAAAGCGCAUUGCCAUUAAGUGAGAUUAAAGACAUGACCAUAUUUCUCAAGAAUCUCGCAUUUACGCUCUACUGGAACGCGAUUGAUUUGAGUGACACGGAAUCCGGUCCAACAAAGGUGAGCUUGAGUAGCUACUUCAGUAGCGCCAGCCACAAGCCCAUCGAGAAUGAACAACCUCUGGGCUCCUCGGAUGUCGAACAAAGAUCUCAAACCAACAACCUGCCUGGUGUGACCGGGAUUCCGCUCGACUACUUCAAAGGCCUCGUGACCGGUCUCCUCCGAAUGUUGCAUGAGCGAGAUUCACGUCGGAAAUUCUUACCCAAAGACCACUGGCUGAUGACUAGCCGCUUCGACAUGGAAGGCUUUAUUCCUGCAGUUGUGGGCGAGGAGGAGAGAAGGCACGAAUACCAAGCCCGAGCUGAUGAAGAAGGUGAUAUGAGCUUGGUAGAGGACGACACGAGCCUGCCAGUAGGUCUAGCUGGGGCUAGUCACGCGCAGCAGACAAUUCGGCUUGAGUCGUUGCGACGUCAUCAACAGAAGGUCGCUCGAAGUAGGGUUAUGGCAGCCAUUGCACCCCGGCUAGAGAUAUUGAGGAACAUGCCAUUCUUCAUUCCUUUUGAGACGCGAGUCCAAAUUUUCCGUGAAUUUAUAUACCAUGACCAACACCGUCGACGACGUGGCUUCGUGGAUCCUGAUCAGUGGCGCGCAUCCGUUACUCAUUUGAAUAUGGCUCAAAUGGUCAACGGACAUCAAGGACCACAUGAUACGCUGGCUCGGCACCAUGCUGAGAUUCGACGUGAGAACGUGUUCGAUGAUGCAAUGGUACAAUUCUAUCCAUUAGGUGAAGGUCUCAAAGAACCCAUUCAGAUCAGCUUCAUAGACCAGUUCGGUGCAAUGGAGGCUGGUAUUGACGGCGGUGGCGUGACAAAAGAAUUUCUCACCAGCAUCACCAGUGAAGCUUUCAAGACUGAGGGACAGUUCGGAUUGUUUGUGGCCAAUGAUCAGCAUCUUCUGUAUCCUAAUCCCACUCUUGUCGAGCAGUCCAAGGCUCUGCUGCGCGAGCUUGGCGUGGCCGAGUCAAGUCUUGAAUGGUCUGAGCAAAUCCGAAAUCUUCUGCGCAGAUACGAGUUCCUUGGCCGCAUCAUUGGCAAAUGUCUCUACGAGGGAAUUCUGGUCGAUGUCAACUUUGCGCCAUUCUUCCUGCUCAAAUGGGCCUUAACAGGGGGUACGGGCUCUGCGUUGAAAGAAUCAUCUUAUCGUGCCAAUUUGAACGACCUGAAAGAUCUCGAUCAACGGCUUUAUCAAGGCCUGCUGCAACUCAAGAAUUACCCUGGUGACGUCGAAGACUUCGCACUGGAUUUUACUGUCACGGACAGUAUACCAAUGCCCGCCGGUUUGAGUCAAACAAUAACAAAGGAUCUCCGGUACAAUGGCUCUCAAUCCCCGGUGACGAAUCAAAACCGCUUAGUUUACAUCUCCUACAUCGCACGGUAUCGAUUACAAGUUCAGCCUGCGCUACAAACCAACGCUUUCCUUCAGGGGCUAGGGCAAAUCAUCCAGCCUGCUUGGCUGUCAAUGUUCAAUCAAUCCGAGCUACAAACGCUGGUGAGUGGUGAGACUGGAGAUAUCGAUGUGGAGGACCUUCGACGAAAUACCCAAUACGGAGGCGUCUAUGCAAUUGGUGACGACAACCAAGAACAUCCAACCAUUCAGCUUUUCUGGGAGGUGAUGCAUCAGAUGAACAAUGGGGAGCGACAAAAGGUUAUUCGCUUCGUGACCUCUACUCCACGUGCUCCGCUGCUGGGAUUCAGCCAUCUCAAUCCGCGCUUCAGUAUCCGAGAUUCCAGUGAUGAUCAGGACCGCUUACCGAGCACAAGCACUUGCGUUAACUUGCUCAAGCUACCGCGCUACGCCACUGCCGAGAUCUUACGUAGUAAGCUGCUCUAUGCUGUGAACUCAGGUGCAGGUUUCGAUCUAAGCUGA